AUGUCUCGCCCGCACACUCCGCUCACCUCUCCCGACACCCCGGCGACCCCAAAGAGGCGAGCAGUCGUCUUAGAGUCUCCUUUUAUUCUAGAAGGUCCCGCGACCGACGAUGGGAACACUCCCAGAAAGCGGCUCAAGACAGGAACCUCGAUUUCUACGACUUUGAAACUGAACGCGCGCGCUGACAUCCAUGACAUUCUGGUUCUUAACAAUCCCUCGUUGUCCAAGAAGCGCGACGUCUGCGUUGUAUCAGGCAUGACCGAUGAGAUGGAUGUCAUCGAAUAUUCGCAUGUUGUUGCUCGCACGACUCGGCCAGCGACGCUCGAUAAAUGUGAAUGGUGCUGGGGGAUGGAUUACUACACCCUCAAUCUGGACACGCGCAAGAAUCUCCAGUCACUGCGCGUCAACCUCCAUAGGUUCUUCGAUAUGCCCCAAACGGGUUGGUUAUGGGUACCAACGGAUCUUGACAUCAUGACUAGAUUCGAAAAUGCCUACAAAGUUAACACUCGUAAGAAACCAACUGAGCUCUACGAGGUCGAAGAGACCAAAUUUUCCUACUACCUUGUUGCAGCCCCCCAGAUGUCGAAUCGCCAUAUAUCCAUAUACGACCCUUCACUGAAAUCCAACGAUCCUGUUGCUUUCCAGCGUCACUUUUACCCCUUCACUACGCUCCCAAAAUUUGAGAUCAACGUUCAUCCGCACUUCGUGAUAUUCAACACCGGAUUCAAGCUGGAGCAGAUUUUUGGGUCAGGCGCCGUUCUUGCUAUCGCGACGCUCUCGAAUUACUUUAAUAUCACCGGUUCCCUCGUAUACUCAUUGAAGAGUUGCUAUGACGUAUAUCGUGUAUGGAUGUCGGCUUCGCCACCUGAGGCCUUUCUGCACUCCGAAAACCGUCACUGGGAAGACCUAGAUGCGGCCCGCAGGCCAGCCGGCACAUCGUCUUCUGGAAAGAGUGAAGCCGGUGGUAGUCGCAGCGCGGGGAGGAACACGCGAAAUACGAAUCCUGGUCCCCUUGGUGGUGGUGGUGGCUCUUCCACUGUCGAUCGAGAGACUGUGCCGCUUGGGACCGACACCCCAGAUGACUUUGUUGAUACGGAACUCGUGAUGCCAGAUGACUCUAUAUCUCUCUUACUAGGCGAUGAUGAUGAAUCUCAGAGUCAUCAAGCGAGAGAGGAAGAGGAGGAGGAGGAUCAUGAGGCCUUCUUUCGUGGAGUCGAGAAGUGGGCGGAGGAUGUAUGUGAAGCAGCCGAAGAUGGUGCUUCUGAUCAUGAUCAUGAUUCGUCAGACUCGGACACCUCCAGCCAUAAUAAGACCCUCAUUGGCAAUACCCCUCCAUCUAAGUGCGGCGAACUCGAAGACGUGACGAUGACGGACGUUUCGCUGAAGAUUGGCUUGACGGAGACUAGUCACCAACCACCCAUAUUUCACUCCUUCUGGGACACUUACUAG